CUUUAUCUUUCUGGGCUUGUCUUUGUUCACAGCAUCAUGUUCCCGCUGAGGUCUCCUGUGACUGUCAGCGUCAGCGUCAUUGCAGCGACUGUCUUUGCUACAUGGGCGUGGAAACGUCACAAAAUCAAAAAGAAAAUGAGAACUUUGGAUGAAAACAUAGCAAAUGUCGAAGAUCGACUGAUAAACUCUGAGCGGAGCCUGGUGGAGGUGGUCGAAAAAACUGCAGAAUCAAUGGAUCUGUGGUUCACCAGCAUGACGGGGAUCCUGGUGAACCAGAGAGAGAGAUUCAGACUGGACCUGGAGGACGUGCAGACGGAGGAGGAGGACGUCAGAGAGAAGCUGCAGCUCCUGGAGAGGAAAAUAUCAGAGAGCGAAGACAGAAAGGAAAUCGACCAAACUGAGGAGCAGCUGAGACGGAAACAGAAGCUGCUGAGUGCUCAGCGGAGGCUGCAGAGGAGGAAAGACGAGCUGGAGAAACUGCAGCUGAACACCGACAAACUGCUGCAGAGCCCCGAGGCUGCAGGACGACUGACGCUGCUCACAGACAGAAAACUGACCUUAAAGAGAGACGUGAAGCUGCUAAAUCAAGAGCUGGAGGACGAGAAGGGAGAGAGAGACGAGCUGCAAAACUCCUGGCUUCUUCUCUUUUAACCCUUUGAGCAGCAUCACUUUUCUUGUGCUGCUUUCAGACACCUUUUACAGGUUUAUAAACUUUUGAUCAUUGACCAAAUUGGUGCAAUUUCAUUCAAAAACGUGGGAAAAAAGGCAACGAACAGCUUGAUCAGAAAUGUUCCAUUAAUUGCAAUGCAUUUAAAUAAUUUUUUUUAAAAAAGCUCGGGUGAAUUAUCUUGGGAAAUAAAGAAAGAAA